AGAGCUGCCCUAUUGGAGAGGAUGCCAGCUCUCUUCAGAGAGUCUGGCCCCGCUAGUGGAGAGACCAGCGAAACUCCUGCUGCUCCAACCACCAACUCCACUCCCUCCUCCACCACUCCUCAGCUCUCACUUGAGCCCCAGCAGCAGAGAAGUGAGAACUCUCUACUGGAUCUUCUCGGAGGAGGGCUAGAUGCCCCCUCUGUCUCCCAACCCCCGCCAAUUUCCUCUAAUUCCACUGGAGGCAGCGACCUCUUGAACCUGCUGGAUAUGCCGGUGCAACCGGUUUCCACGACCGGUCAGACGAGUAGCGACCCUGCCAAUCUGAUGUCGUUACUGGGCGGAGGAGGAGGAGGGGGAGGGGGUGUGACUGGUGGAGGUAUGGGUGGACUGGAGAGCCUACUGGGAGGACUGUCCAACUCGCUUCCCUCCACUUCCACUUCGAUCCCUUCCCCUGCUACCAGUCUAGCUCCCCUGUGCCUGGUGAGAUACCGUAUAGAUCUUAUUCAACAGGCAAUCCCACCGAUCACUGCCUUUGAGAAGGCGGGGCUAAAGAUUCAGUUCAACUUUGAGCGAAGUCCCGGGAACACUGCCGUGACAGCCAUCACUCUGACAGCCACCAAUUUCACUCCAUCUCCCAUGGCAAACUUCCUCUUCCAGGCCGCUGUCCCCAAGACGUUCCAGCUGCAAAUGUUGCUGCCGUCUGGGAACCUGAUUCCUCCCAAUAACUCUGGGAGUGUGACUCAAGUCAUCAACAUUGCUAACCCUCAGAAGCAACCGUUGAGGAUGAGGAUUCGACUUAGCUACAAUGCAAAUGGAGUAGAUGUGCAAGAACAAGGGGAGAUUAAUGACUUCCCCCCACAAUUAGCUCAUUACCGGACAAGAAGUGUGUUCGGAGGAGGGAGCGGUAAGGUUGGCCGAUGGUCCGACUGUGGAGAUUUGCAUCAGCGGGGAAUGGAAACUGUCUGUGAUGCUUUUUGGGACGUAGCGGAGGCCAGUGUGGUGUGCAGGGAACUCGGAUAUAGAAAUGGUCUUCCUAUUACUCUGUAUGGCGGAAUAACCUACCAAGCACAAUACUCCAUUUCAUGCACUGGAGAUGAAGCUCGCCUUUAUGACUGUAAUCGCCAGGAGACCUUUCUAUGUAAUAAUGUUGGAGUGAUAUGUUACAAUGAGACUGAAUGCAACGACACUGACGUUAGACUGGUGGAUGGAGUAACCCCAGUUGAUGGCAGAGUGGAAAUUUGUCUGCAUGGGCUCUGGGGCUCCGUUUGUGACGACGAUUGGGCUGUCAGAGAUGCUGCAGUAGUGUGUCACAACUGGGCUAUGGUGGAGGUGUCUGUUCCACUCUCGGAGCACCGUGUUCUGUCCAACGCUACGUUUUAUCACCUGGACGAUGUGGCAUGCACUGGAAAUGAAAACCUCUUGGCAGAUUGCGGUCACGCAGGAGUUGGUGAACACAAUUGUAUAGUACAGCAGGAAGAAGCUGGAGUUAUAUGCAACGCCACAGUAGAGUGUAGUGAGAAUGAAGUUAGACUGAUGGAUGGAGUAACGCCUGAUGAUGGAAGAGUGGAGAUAUGUCUCUAUGGCUUGUGGGGUUCCGUAUGUGAUGAUGCCUGGGACUAUAGGGAUGCCCGUGUGGUGUGUCAACAGCUAGGAUACAACGGAUCAUCACGUGCUCUGAGAGAACAUGAUUUUGCUGUUGACCCACCGCCGUUUCAUUUGGAUGAUGUGUGGUGUACUGGUGCUGAGAACAUGCUCAGUGAAUGCCUCAACAGCGGAGUCGGCGAGCACAAUUGUGGAAGCACAGAGUUAGCAGGAGUUAUAUGCAACGCAUCACGUGCUCUGAUGGAACAUUUUGCUGUUGACCCACCGCCGUUUCAUUUGGAUGAUGUGCGGUGUACUGGUGCUGAGAACAUGCUCAGUGAAUGCCUCCACAGCGGAGUCGGCGAGCACAAUUGUCGAAACACAGAGUCAGCAGGAGUUAUAUGCAUUAGUGAACAGGACAGUGUGUGUGGAAGGAUCAGUGUACCUGUUGGGAGGCGAUGGUUCCAGGGGAAGAGUCCAGUACUGUAUGAUGGAACCUGGCACUCUGUGUGUGCUGACGACUGGGAUAGCACUGGAAUAGAGGCUAGAGUCGUCUGCCAGAGUGCUGGCUAUGACACCUCUGGAUAUGUUCCUUCUGUUGUCGACUAUGGUCGAGGGACUAGUCCAAUCCUCCCGGUCAACAUCCAGUGUGCCAGUGGAGCCAGCACACUGAGUGACUGUUUUACACCAGGACAAGAUGUUAGUCAGUGUACAGAUGUGGCUGGUGUUGACUGCCGAGCCCCUUGUGUGACUGAAGGACUAACGAACUGCGCAUCCUGUGUAAACCCGUUGCACUGCUUCAACUUGGCUUUUCUUGUAACUGUUACUCUGAUUGUUUCGCUAAAGGCGACUGUUGCUCUGAUAUUUCUCUUACAAGGAACUGUUUUCGGAGACUGGAGUUCUGUGCUCAUGGGGUGUGGGGUAGAGUAUGCAAUACUCUGGAGUACUGGAGUACCCGACAAUGCCAGAGUGGUGUGUCGCCAACUGGGGUUCUCUGAAGACCGUGCUUUUAUUAUUGACCGCGACCCUGAUAGAUUUGGAGACAGCACCAGAAAUGCAGUGAUAGGAGAUGUCGAUUGUGUCGGCAAUGAACCUGAGAUGAGGAAAGGGGAAUGUGAGGACGGAGAAGUGAGGCUCACAGCUGGAGUUGGUGUCUCUGAUGGUUUUGUGGAGGUCUGCGUGGACAGAACCUGGGUCGGAGUCUGCAGGGAUGGGUUCCAUCUCGACAAUGCCAGAGACAUCUAUCAGCCAAGAUGCACUGUGCCAGCUGGAACUUCCUCUAACUCACUCACUGAUAACGACAGUUAUGGGCAAUGCUCUGUGUACACCUCUCAGACUGACGUGUGUGACGGUGUAGUGAGGCUGGAUAUUGAUUACGUAUAUGCCAGGUCCAGACUGGGGACCCAGAGCACCAUUGCCCGCAUGCUAAACGAAAACGUUAAGAGUCUGGAGAGUAUUAUUGGUGACGAGGAUAGGAACUGUCUAAAGAUCGUGUACAGAGCUCUCUGUCAUUUCUAUCUCCCCCACUGUGGUAAUGCCUCCAACCUUACCCCUCCCACCUCCAUUUGUCCGGAGGAGUGUAAGAUGGUGCAGAAAGACUGUGCCAAGACUUGGAGCACUGUUUUGUUGGCGUUUAACGAUGACAUGACUCCUGUAAUUGACUGUGAUGAUACCUCCAGUCUCCUGUUUCCUCUGCCUCACUGCUGUACUGGUGCUGGACUAGAUGCUGCAGUCAGAAGUCUAAGAGAUGAUGGUUCAUCAUCAGUGAAGAAGGGAGAUGAUGGGAGUGUUACAGGAGCAGUGGUGGGGGUGGUGGUGUUUAUCCUGCUGGCUGUACUACCUGGGCACGAUGCCCCAGCCGUGGUGUAUAUGACUGAGACUGUUCUGACAGUCAACAAUGGAGAGAUGGAGCUGGACGAGAAGGGAGGUGAUGCUGUGGGUGCAGGCAUCGCCGGGCCAAACCCCUACAGUGAAUUUGACCAGGUAGAAGUGGACAAAUUUGUGGAGGAAAGUUUAAAGAUGAGUCGGUUCAAACACGCCCACGUCAUGGGGCUUAUUGGCGUCUGUCUCGAUGCUAGCUCCGCCCCCUACAUCGUCAUGCCUUAUAUGGCAAACGGGAGUCUUUUGAAGUGGCUCAAGAAGGAGCGAAAGAACAUUGUUCUACCAGAAGAGGCUGAUGAGGAUGAGGUGAGGGAGGUCGGUAAGCGACUGAUGGUCAUGUGCUCCCAGAUAGCCAAGGGCAUGGAAUACCUGGCAGCUGACAAGUAUGUCCAUAGAGACCUGGCUGCCAGGAACUGCAUGAUCGACACGCAUUUCCUGAUCAAGAUCACAGACUUUGGGCUGUCGGAGGACGUGUUUGAGAGGAACUAUUUCAGACAGUACUCCGCGAGUGGGGAGGUGGUCAGACUGCCCAUCAAGUGGAUGUCUCCCGAGAGCCUCAGUGACGGACACUUUUCAGAGAAAAGUGACGUGUGGUCUUACGGAGUGACAAUCUAUGGUAUAAUGAGGCAGUGUUGGCAUAUGGAGCCAAUGGAGAGACCGACAUUCAAGGAACUCUCUUCAACCGUGUCCAAAUGUAUCGAACGUGUAGCAGGCUACCUGCAGUUUGGGUUCAACCCAUUCACUGGAGGAGAAGGAGAAGGAGAGGGAGGAAAGAGGGGAGAGGUGGUGGAAGCAGACAGUGUUGAUAUCCAAGUGUUCCCUCCCUCGGUACCGGCUGAUACAGUACUCACUAGUAACACAACUUAGUGAGGGCGCACCAGCUGGUGCCAUGGUGGGUAUAUAGGACACCUCUCUCUUUCUAGUUUGUACAUCUCUGUCCCUUUUUUACCAGUGUAUUCUCUUCAUGUCUCAGUAGCUAAACCUGAAUUCUACACAAGUCAGUGUAUAUAUUUUAAGUGUGCUAUAAUAUGAUCAGUUAAUGAUUUUGUAACUUAUGCUACACAGUAGUGUUCAAGUUGUUUCCUCUGAAUCUUGUUCGGUAUCUGUCACAUUUUCUCUCUCUCUCUCUUGGUCUUCUUCUUCUUCUUCAUCUUCUUUUUCAUCAUUGUCUUGGUCCUCGUCACCAGUUCCCGUGCCAGUAUCCUCCACAGUGUUCCCAGUCCUCUCCUCCACACUCCCUCUCUCGUCUUUCCACAUGAUGAGACGCUCCAGAUCACCGGCAAGACUGGUACACACGGCUGUCGUGUAGCUGUUGAACAUUUGGUGUCCUCGCGCGAUACCGUACUGUGCUCUGGCCUCGUGGAGAGCUGCUGGGUCGUUUAGCUCUGAGCAUAGCUCAUAACAUCGGCCAAAGAAAUCCACUGCCUUCCCAUAAUCUCCCUGGGUGUUGUACAUGGUUCCAAUGGCACUGCAGGCUCUGGCCAUACUCUGAGGCCCUGCACCAUCAGCCACCUCCACAUACAGCUCCAGCUGCUUCACCGCUGUCCCCAGAUCUCCCUUCUUUUCGUAGCACUUGGCCAGAGCUUCGUAAGCAUUCCCAGCCCCUGUGCUGUGUUUGUGGUACUUGCUCCACUCCAGAUACUUGCGGUAGUACUGGAUGGCAGUAUCAAGGUCUCCAGACAGCUGGUGAGCCUGCCCCAAUCGGUAGCAUGCCAGUCCCUCCUGACUGGAGUUCCUGCUAUCUCUUGCCAUUUCGUGGGCCUUUUUGAGCAGAGAUAUAGCUUCCUGUGGGCUUUCAGCUUCAAUCUGUUUGGCCAGGCUGGUAUAAACUCUUCGCAGGUGUUCGCACGCUAUUUCAAACACGCUGUCUCCCGACUCGCUGCACCAUUUCCACUUGCCAGCCAGUCUGCGAUAGGCCUCAAAGUGCCCUGCAGCUCUCUGCAGAUCUCCUCUUUUCUCCAUGGCCACACCCACACUGCACUGCCCCUCCCCCUCCGCCCUCUGAUUGUCUCCCUUGAUCCUCUGCGCCACCUCCAGACUCCUCUGGUGGAAGUGAAACGACAGCCAUGCCCCCUGAUUUCUGUCAAAGUACUGCGCGAGACUCUUCAGAGCCACAUAGACACCCUCUAGAUUCCCGGUUCGCUCCGCGUCCUCCGCGGCUGUGAGCUGAACACGGAGGUACUCCAGUUUGGUGUGGUCGGAGUGGAUCAGGGGCUCCAAGAGGACGGCGGCUGGUCCCGCCCUCUCGUGCUCCCGCCUCUGCUGCUGGACCAGGUUGAACAGCUCUGAGAAUGACUUAUGGAAACCUUUCUCCAGCAUCUCAGCACAGAUGUUGUGGAGAAUGGAGUGCCUGUAGCUGGCUGGAUUGACAUCUUUGGCGAGAGUUCUCUUCUGUUGCUUGUCCUUAGCUCCAGCUCUCCGCACGGUCGGGCGGCCGCUGGACCUCAGCGAGGAAGGCUCAGCCUCGGAUGUAGUAAUCUGCUUGGCUCUGGGAUGGGAGAUGGGUAUAGGAGGUAGCUGAUGGGUGCGCGACUCCCCAGAUCCGACACCCUGACCAGAAACUGAGAGUUGAGGGAGAACGUUGGUCGCC